UCGCCCGCUCUCUUCCUCCUCCUACUCUUCGCCUCACGGACCGCAAGCAACCGCCCGCAAUCGCUCCCUACUAGUCGUCAUGAUCACCCCCACCGUUGUCACCGUAGAAAAAAAUGCACCCAUUAAUGCCGUGACUCCGCGAGUAAAUGAACGCGCAUUGUUUAUGUUUUCUGUGGAACAGCUGCUUGCGAGUCUCGAUCCCGUCCAUGUCUUGCUCACCGCGUGCUGUUGUUGUUGUCGUCUUCAUUCCAGCUCUGAAGCAGAGAAGAAUCAUCUUCAGAAACGUAAACUGUGCAAUGAAAGAAUUGACCCUGAGGAUCUGAAGACCUGUUGAUCGCUGCGUUUCUUCCUUGAGAGGGUCAGACUGAGGUGUCUCCAAUUCGACGAAAUGUUGCUACAGCUAGAGGCGCUCCGCGGAGGGGCGACAAGGAUCCCCUUUGCCUCGCAUCUAGAAUUAAAGCAGCCACGACGGCAUAGACCGGAUGGCGUGAACAUGGUUCGGUGUAGAAUGGCGGAGCCAUCUGGGAAGCCGGCUCCCAUGGGAAAGAAAACUCAUUAUAAAGAUUCGUGGCUGGAUAACACGAUUCUUAGCAUAUGCAUGCGUCGGUUGGGCAACGUCACAGGGGUUUCCACAACCAAGAAGGGCUACGAUGGGUUUGUGGAGCUCACACGCAAGGUGAUGGAAACUCGUAGUCCUCUGCUGCAGCGUGCGUCGUCAAUGCGAGUUCUCCACUCCGCAAUCCCGCCCUGGCUUCUCAAAAUUAUAAGGAGAUUUCUCCCCAACAAUCAAAAGACUGCUGAGACGUUUGCAGCUGCAACCCUGUAUGCGGAGUGGCUGGUGGGGCCUUGUGAGGUCAAGGAAGUGGAGGUGAAUGGCACUAUGCAAAAGAGUGGAGUGCUGAUUAAGAAGUGCAGGUACCUGGAGAGUAGCAACUGUGUGGGAAUGUGCGUCAAUCUGUGCAAAAUUCCCACGCAAGAUUUCUUCACAAACUCGCUUGGAGUGCCACUCACCAUGACUCCAAACUUUGAGGACAUGAGUUGUGAGAUGAUAUAUGGUCAAACGCCACCCUCCAUCGAAGAAGAUCCAGCGCUUCAACAACCCUGCUUUGCUACUCUCUGUAAGCCAGUCAUCUAGAUCCCAUAUCCGUAAUAUCAGACAUGCACUGCCAGUCAAACCAUCAAGGAUCUUGUGUCGUGGUGUCUAACAUUCCAACUGAGAUCAUUCUCUCUAAACUGGGGACAUAAAGGUAUACGAACACAAUAGGGUUAGAUAACCAUUUUUCUCAUUCAAAAUGGCUUAAACUUGUUCCGCGCAGGUCCUACAGCACGAAAGAAGGCAUUGACAUGUUCGAAAACACCACUACCACCCUAAUUUGUGAUAUAACAGUAGAUUGAAACUCCAUAAAUUAGUUUGACAAUUGGAAUAGAUGAGCCCUCUCGACAUUGUAGAUAAGUAUAGCAUGAUUUAUUCGGGGGAUAUCUAAAACAAUUUGUUGACUUCCACUUUCCAAAAUAAUUGGAAAUAUAAAUAAGUAUAUCAGUAUCUCCCUUCAAGUCAGCUCUAUCUCAUAUUGAAGGUUGCUGAAGAAUAUUCGUCC